AUGUCGUCGGAAGAAAUGGCCGGUCCCAAUGAGGGGGAGCGCCGCGCGCAGCGUCGCAUGGAGCAGAACCAAAAUCUCGAUGCGACCCGCUCUAACAUGAACCGGCAAAAGACGGUGGACAGUCUGAAGCGCUUUAGCUAUCUGCUGGGCCAGACGGAGCUGUUCCAGCACUUUAUUGAUAUCAAGAAGGACCGUGAUCCGGACUUUGCUCGUCUUCUGGAAGAAUCAGCGCAUCAGCGCACGAAAAAGAAGAAGGGUGGUAGCAGCGGUGACCAGCGGCACCACCGCAAGUCGGAGCGUGAGGAGGACGAAGAGCUACUGCAUGACGAGGACGCCGAGGAUGGGGACGAAACAUUCAUGUUCCGCGAGAGUCCUGGUUAUGUGAAAGGCGGAACAAUGAAGGAGUACCAGAUCCAGGGUCUGAACUGGCUCAUUUCGCUGUACCAGAACGGUAUUAACGGGAUUCUGGCGGACGAAAUGGGUCUCGGAAAGACGUUACAGACCAUCAGUUUCUUGGGCUUCCUCAAGUUUUACCGCAACACUCCUGGUUUGUACCUGAUCGUGGUACCCAAGUCGACGCUGGACAACUGGGUGCGUGAGCUGGAAAAGUGGGUGCCUGGCUUCCGGAUAAUUACCCUGCAAGGCAGCAAGGAAGAGCGCCAGAGCGUAAUCCAGGAGAAGCUGCUGCCGCAGGACUUUGAUAUCUUGGUGACCACCUAUGAGAUGUGUUUGCGUGAGAAGCCGUCGCUGCAGAAAAUGUCGUGGGAGUACAUUGUCAUUGACGAGGCGCACCGCAUCAAGAACGUGGACUCGGCGCUUUCGCAAAUUGUGCGCUCAUUUACGUCGCGUAGCCGCUUGUUGAUCACAGGAACGCCGCUGCAGAACAACCUCAUGGAGCUUUGGAGCCUGUUGAACUUCUUGCUUCCAGAUGUGUUUUCGUCAGCAGACGACUUUGAGGCCUGGUUCCAGGGCAAGGACGAAGAGAGCAACGAUGACGAGGCGAAGGAAAGUAUCGUGCAGCAGUUGCACAAGGUGCUGCGCCCCUUCUUGCUGCGCCGUGUAAAGGCAGAUGUCGAACACAGCCUGCUGCCCAAGAAGGAGAUCAAUGUAUUUGUCGGGCUGACCGACAUGCAGCGUAAGUGGUACAAGUCGCUGCUAGAGAAGGAUAUCGAUGCGGUCAAUGGCGCCCUGUCGCGGAAAGAGGGCAAGACGCGCUUGCUGAACAUUGUGAUGCAGCUGCGCAAGUGCUGCAACCACCCGUAUCUGUUUGACGGUGCCGAGCCAGGUCCUCCGUUCACCACGGACGAGCACCUUGUGGAUAACAGCGGCAAGAUGGUGAUCCUGGACAAGCUGCUGAAGAAGAUGAAGGAGCGUGGUUCGCGUGUGCUCAUCUUCAGCCAGAUGAGCCGUAUGCUGGACAUUUUGGAGGAUUACUGCCUUUUCCGCUCGUACAAGUACUGCCGCAUUGACGGUAGCUCGCUUCAUGAGGAUCGUAUUGCCGCCAUUGACGAGUACAAUAAGCCUGACAGCGACAAGUUCAUCUUCCUGCUGACAACGCGCGCUGGCGGUCUGGGUAUCAACUUGACGUCGGCCGAUAUUGUGGUGCUGUUCGACAGUGACUGGAACCCCCAGGCCGAUUUACAGGCGAUGGAUCGUGCGCAUCGUAUCGGGCAGAAGAAACAGGUGUAUGUGUACCGCUUUGUCACGGACCAGUCAAUCGAAGAGCGCAUUCUCGAGCGUGCCGCGCAAAAGUUGCGCCUGGACCAGCUUGUGAUCCAGCAGGGCCGCACCUCGGCGCAGCCAAAGGGAGCGCAGAACAAGGACGAUCUGGUCGACAUGAUCCAGCACGGCGCCGAGCGAAUCAUCAACUCAAAAGAGUCGAUGGAGGUCAAGGAUGACAUUGACGCCAUUAUUGCGCAGGGUGAGGCCCGCACGGCGGAGCUGCAGGCCAAGUACCAACAGUUUACGAGUCUGGACGAGCUGACGAACCUGCGCAACGACUCGACUUAUGGCUGGGACGGUGAGCAGAAUAAGGGCCGUAAGCCCAGUGCGGGAAUCUGGAUCGAGCCUGCGAAGCGCGAGCGCAAGCAGAACUACUCGAUUGACAGCUACUACCGCGAUGCGAUGCGUACGACAAGCAAGCCGGCGCAGCCCAAGGCGCCUCGUGCGCCAAAGCAAGUUUCGACGCCCGAGUGGCAGUUCUACCCUCCGCGGCUGAUCGAGCUGCAGAAUCGCGAGACGGCCGCGUACCAGCGGAGCUUGAACUACCAGGUGCCCAAGGCCGAGUCGAAUGAUCCGGAGGCUGAGGCGCAGCGUGCGAAGGAGCAAAAGUUCAUUGACGAGGCUGAGCCGCUGACGGAGGAGGAGCAGGCCGAAAAGGAGGCCCUGGCGCAAGAGGGAUGGAGCGAGUGGAGCCGCCGCGACUUUCAGCAGUUCAUUAAGGGCUGUGAGAAGCAUGGGCGCACGGCGUAUGCGGCCAUUGCGGAGGAGAUUGGACUGGGCGAGAAGAGUGAGGCUGACGUGCGCGCGUACUCGCAGGUCUUCUGGGCACAUGUGCAUGAGCUGAGCGAUGGCGACCGCAUCGUGCAGCGUGUCGAGGAGGGCGAAUCGAGGCGCAAGAAGCUCCAACACCACGAGCGCUUGCUGCGUCGGAAGGUGGACGCAUAUGGCGCGCCACUGCAGGAGCUCAAGCUCGUGUACAACCAGGCGAAGGGCAAGGCCUACUCAGAGGACGAGGACCGCUUCCUUCUGGUCCGGCUUGCCGACUAUGGCCUGAGCGGCGAGGAUGUCUACGAGCGAAUCCGUGCGGAUGUGCUGGGCUACCCCGAGUUCCGCUUCAACUGGUUCAUCAAGAGCCGCACGCCACAGGAGCUGGCGCGCCGCUGUCACACGCUGCUCACGAUUGUAGUCAAGGAGGAAGAGGAGCUGGAGGCAGCGGCGAGUGCCGAGAAGAAGACGCGCAAGCGCCGCGCUUCCGAGGCACGUGCGCCAUCGUCGCGGCCGGCGAGCCGCUCACGACGUUCGUAG